AUCAUGUCUACGUCUAAAUGUUUGUGGAUCAUGUCUAUGUCUAAAUGUUUGUAGAUCAUGUCUACGUCUAAAUGUUUGUGGAUCAUGUCUACGUCUAAAUGUUUGUGGAUCAUGUCUACGUCUAAAUGUUUGUGGAUCAUGUCUACGUCUAAAUGUUUGUGAAUCGUGUCUAUGUCUAAAU